AUGUCGAAUCAAGGCAAUAUUACCAACUUUUUCAAACCCGCACCAAAGCUGCCGCAGAGCCCGGUACCUGUAAAGGAAACCUCAACUGCCCCGCCCCCACCCUCGCCUUCACCUCCACCUUCCUCUUUCUCAUCAUCACCACCAGUACCACAACCGACCGUUCGUGAUUGCAACGCGGUAAUCCAGGGUUCGGACGACGAGGACGACGACGCAAGCACCAGCUCUGAUGAGGAUUUCCCCGAACUGUUCUCAAAACCUCUCCCAGCACCAACCCGACCCCUCCCCGACCAGGCACCGGAAAAAGAUGUCGGCAUCUACACGACGCCGAAGGCAAAGCGAAGAGUGCUCGAGUUUCACUCCUCACCCUUAACGAUCAACACCAGACACAAGUUCGACAUCAAGGCACUUCUCAAGCAUGCGGCAGCAGACAACGCCGUCGAGGAGGGUGAGCUCCGGACGGCGUCUCUCAUGGCCCCAAAGUCUCCGACAGUGCGCCGGGCCGCGGAACCGAACGGCGCGCAAAUCAACUUCCAAGACGCAAUGUUGGGAGUUCUAUCUGAUCCCGAAGACAGCCAAGGGGAAGGAGCCCGCAGGCGGUUACUCCAGGCGGUGAAGCGAACAGAAGCAACGGUCGGCGGCAAGGAGUGGUACUUUUUUGAUCGCCGGGCUCCAGGUGACAGCAAGGCGGUCAAGACGCGACCUCCCUUCCCCAGAGGCAAGGCGACCGGGGUAUGGUCCUUUUUAGAACCCGAAGAGCACAGGACCGAGGUGUUCGCGGACGGCCUGGCCUACAAUGUGCAAUGCCGGCUCGGGACGCUGCCCGACGAAAUCUUCAAAUGGGUACUAUCCGAGGCGCCGGUCGAGAAGUCUAAAACGCUCCGAGAUGAGUAUGUGCGACUUCUCGGUGUUAGUCCGGAUCAGGCACGUCGCGUUCUCGAUGAAAACGCAGUUCUUGGGCUGUUCCAGGACCUGGGCGCCUCAGAGAGAGCGCUUGGUUCGGGUCCUCAGCUAGACAGCUAUCCAAAGGACGGGGCCCCUUACCCAGAGCAAGAUCGGGGCAGUCUACAAACGGUGCUUCGCAUUCUGUCGAGGACUGCCUACGGCUUGAGCACCCCGGCACUGACGCGCGCAAUGUCGAUUCUCCUCCGUCUCGGCAUCGAUAGUGUCGUGCGCGAGGAUCAGAUUGUUGCGACAGAGCAUCAAGAUGCAUUGUUACAAGUGGCGGCGGUAGUCCCAUGGAGGUCAUGGAAUGAUUUUUGCGGAGAGGUAAGCGAAUCGUUGUAUAACCAUACGCAAGAAUACACACUCCGCUGGAACGCUGUUUCCGCAAUUCCAUUACUACAUCCCAAGUUAAUCGAUCUGCGCCGACGCCUGGCGCUUGUUUUUGUCUAUGACGACGCUCGCCGGGGGUUCUCCUCGCCUGAUGAGACCUUCAGCAUCCGGUCGGUCAUUGACCGUCUCGAUCAAGCCGAUGAGUUCAUCGUAGACCGUACCAACACGGACUACUUCGAACUCCUGGCACUCUCUAAACUGUUGAGUGUAGCCAUUGGUGACGGCUCACCGCCCGCUGACAACAGCGGCCCCGAGGCUGUCAAGCAUUACAACGCCGAGGUCGACGAACUGUCACAGAGAAUCAAGUUCAUGUGGUCCAAUAUCCAUGAACAGGGCGCCGCGUACAUGUCAAGACUCGAAGUACGCGUCCAGCUCCGGGAUUUUGAGCGCAAGCUACAGCACGUUGUGCGCACACGGCCGCCUCCUAAAGAGGACAUAUUCGGUCUCAACGGUGUUAAAGAAGAUCUUGACCGUCCCAAGCAGCAGCAGUUCAUGAAGAAGUUCUUCAGCAAGGAAGUGCCCCCUCCAAAAACUCCCCCAAAAGGGCGUUGA